UCUCAUUAAAGUUUCUGUGUUUCCAAGCCCUGGAAGUCUUAUCCUUCUCUCCAUUAUGAAGUCAAAACUAGCACUCUUCCUUUUGUUCCUCUUUGUAUUCUCUGCAUUUGCUAUUGUUGAGGAAGACGAUAAAGAAGGAAAGGUUAUAGUCCUUGCCAUUGAUGGAGGAUGUAUUAAAGGGAUUGUACCGGGAGUUAUCCUUAAACAUCUUGAAGUUGCCCUCCAGAAACGGAACUCAAGGGCAAGAAUAGCAGAGUAUUUUGAUGUGGUUGCUGGGACCAGCACCGGAGGGCUUAUAACUGCAAUGCUCACUACCCCUGACCCUCAAAACCCAGGUCGUCCUCUCUAUCCUGCUGAUGAAAUUCUACAGUUCUACAGACAAUAUGGUCCUUCCAUCUUCACUCUAUUCACCGACUGCUAAUAUCCUGGCAUUCAGUGUCCGAAGUUCAACGGGACGUUUUUACGAAAAAUAGCAGCCGAGAUAUUGAAUGAAACGCUUCCAAACCAGAC